UCCUCGGCUCUCGCACCCGAAGGUCGCCCGCGAGAGUAACCUAGCUUAUUUGCGAGGUGUUUGUGUUUUAUUUGUGUGACAGUGCCAAAGGGUCGCGCGCUUCCAUCACCCUGUCCGCGCGAGUGCAAAGUGUGUGUUUUGUGAGUGUGUGUGUGUGUGUGUGUGUUUGUCAGUGAGUGUGUUCGAGUGCCUGUGUGAGUGCGGCGUCGCCAUGACGUCCAAGCUCCGCCGCGCACCGCUGUUCACGUACAACGACAUGGGCACCCGCUGCCUCGCCGCCUCCUUCGGCGGACCCUCGCCGACGGCCCCUGCCCCCGGCGGCGCCCACCCCGGCCAGCUCCAGGCCCACCAGGGCCACCAGGGGCACCCCGCCGGUCCGCACAACGGGCAAUCCGCGGGGCACCACGGCCACCAGGGACACCCUGGAUACGGCCACCACCAGCAGCAGCACCAGCAGCAACACCAGCAGCAGCACCAGCAGCAGCACCAGCAGCAGCACCAGCAGCAGCACCAGCAGCACGGAUACUCAGGACACAGGGAGGCUCCGCCGCCACCACUGCCGCUCAAGAAGAAGCCGCAGCCUCCCCUGCCGGUGCAGCCGCAGCCGCUGCAGCAGCUGCAUCCCCACAUGGAGUGCGGCAUCGCCGGGUCGCUGGCGGGCUCCCACGGCUCGCCCGCGCCCUCGCCGCUGCUCAGCGCGGGCGCCAUGGGCGGCGCCAUGGACAGCCGGUCGCGGCCGGAGCGCUCGCCGGCCAAGCACGGCCUGCACGUCAACUUCACCGAGAAGGUGGAGGUCAAGGAGAGGAGGGAGAAGUUCCUCACGGCCAAGUACGGCUCGCACCAGAUGGCGCUCAUCCGGAAGAGGCUCGCCGUCGAGAUGUGGCUGUACGACGAGCUGCAGAAGCUCUACGAGUCCACGGAGAGCAACAAGAACGACGAGGUGGAUGUCGACAUCGACGAGCUCCUGGAUAUGGAUGACGACAACCAGAGGAGGAUACACUUGCAGAGAAUUCUGGCCGAUGCCAAGAAGUCUUCCCAUGAUGUCAAAAAAUUUGUUGAAGAUCUCCUGGAACGAACAAAAACACUGUGAGGACUGCCAUUAAGGAGUGGUGCUACCCAGAUGCCACCACUAAAUGCUGCAAUAGGGCCUGCUGGGCAAGAGAAGCCAGCAUGUUGUAUACCAUGUACUGCAAUCAGUGAAAUAUGAGCUGUGAAAAGCUUUUUAUAUCAAUGUACUCACAGUGACCCACUGUGAUAAAUUGUAUUUACGUGUAAUAAUUCAUACCGUACAUAUUAGAGUUAGUUUGGUCUCCAGUUUGUAAGGCAAAGGUAUAGCGAGAACGUCCCAUUGAAUAAAUGUUUUCGUUUUUGUAACUGAAAAAACAUUAUUUGAUGUAUGUCAAAUUGACAUUUUCUAAGAUCUGACAAAUUUGAUGCUUUGGGAUUGUUGAAUGUAAAUCAGUUCAAUAAGAAAUUGUCAUUUUAAUGGUCUCUUCAAGUAUCAGUGAGAGUGCUGUUCCAUGCAAAAACACAUUGAACAUGAAUGUGCUGUACAAUCAGAAUAGUUUGUCUGUCAGUAAUAACCAAAGAUUUUGGAGUUGGAGGAAUUACCCAACACACUCAUCAAACCUAUUUUUAACUUUGAACAAUGUUUUCCCAAAAUUGCAACUUCUUAACGACUAAAUGGGCUCUUCAUCAAAUAAAUCUACAAUACAACACCUUUUUUGUGUGAGGUUCCAAACUUAAGCUUCUGUUGAAAUUUUAAUAUUUAAAAAGGCCACUGACCUCCAAACUUUCUGCAUGAUGAGGACCAAGUUCUGACAAUCACACAUGUGUGUUUUGACUAAAAAUCAUAAAACUUACAUUUGAUGUGAAGUCCGAUUCAAAAGAUCUAAAAUACCAAAUUUGUAUCAAACAUGGUAGAUUUUUUUUAAAAAAAUCAUUUGGAACACAAGAUUUUCUGAUCACUUGAGUGGAAACUGGGGGAAAGUAGGUUUUAGAAUACCUGCACAUUGAUACAUAAUUGAAAUUGAUUGUUUGAGCAACAUUGGGUUUGUGGUGAUGUAGACCAUUGUAGAAAUGUGAUAUAGGAGCAAUUGAGGCUGCUUUGUUAUUUACACCUAAAUAACUGUUAACAAAGAAAAAAGUCUUGAAAGAUGUUUGUUGAUUUUUUUAACAUUAUGUACUUAGAUGAUGCAUAAACCAUUCUUCAGAUUUUAAUUGAGAGAAUGCCAAAUGGUCUGAAAACCAUAUUGAUCAAGUUGUGUUCUAAAGUUAAAGUAGAAAUACAUAGAUGCUUGAGCUCUUCACAUACAAUUAUUUAUAACAGCUAUAGUUUACUUUGGCACAGAUUGCAUUUGCAACUGAAAAGAAUGUGAAGAGUUGAAAGUAUUGUUGUUGAUUUCAUGAAAUCAGUCCCCCAAAAUAUAGCUUAGGCUGUAAUAUGAAUAGCUUUUUCUUUCUUAUUUUGACUGAGGUUACCACAACUCCAUCUACUUGGCUCGGCCCCUGAGAAAAAAAACAACUACGAUAUUGUUACCAUUUUUGGCUCAGUGACCGUCAGCAGUUACAAACAAGUUGAGUAUUUUAAUACCGCCUCACCUUCGCUUGAAAUAAUGUUCUGUUAUGUAUGUGAUAUCAGUUCAGGUUUAAAUGAUCUUUUAUAUAUAUAUACAUACCCUCCACUGAUUUAUUUACAUUAGUUUCUGCUGGAGCGAGCAGAUUUUUGUAUAUACUUAGCUUAUGACCCGUUUUAUCUAGCUCUGGUUUGCUGUUUCCUGAGUGCCAAGGUAAUGGCUAAAGAGCCUUCCUAUUAAGCAAAACUGUUGGUGCUUAAGAAAAUUUUUGUUUACAUGUAACAAAGUGUCAUUAAACAUAGUAAACUUUUGUUACUUAAAAUUUGAAUGGCUAUGAUCACUGAAGAAAGAUUCAUUUUCUUUUUAAUUUUUUGUUUAGGUGCUGUUACUUCUGCAACAGUAGCGUUUAUUAUUAAAUACAUUCUUUUUUAAAAAUACAAAGGUGUGAUCUCAUUACUAAAGCAAUUGAAGUAAUUUCAACAUGAUGCCAACUUGCUUUGACAGAUGGACUAAAAGCCUGUAUGCUAAAGCCUUCAAAAAAACAAAAAUAACUGAAAAUAAAAAAAAAUCAGCAACAAACAGAGAGGGCUUUAUACCAUUGUACCACAAAAGGCAUAAAUAUUGAGCCAAACCAAGAAUGUAUAAUAACCUUGAAUCUCGAAUUCAUUUUACAUCGAAACAGACAAUACCUUAGAGGAUUAUUUGCCUGACAAAAUAAAUGCCAAAUGUACCGUUUAGAUAGAAGACAGGUUUUCAAAGUAAGCCUACAUAAGAGAAUUCAAUAAAGAGCUCCAAUUUAUUUAUUCAAAUGCUGAUUUUGUAAAUUGAAUUCAUUGAAUUGUUAACUAAUGAUGGUCAUAACACAUAUUUAUAGCAUUAUGAAUCACUUUUAUAAGUAUGGUAAGAUAUGAAAGUAGUUUAAAAAAUAAUUUGUACCAUGAGAAAAUUGUAAGUAUGUUUAGAUCCUUCCAUAGAAAAUGUCUAAACAGACUUCACAAGUACAA